UCAAGACAGCGGGUUUUCCCAGUCUACCUACACAGAAGCCUGGCUUUGUAACACAAUUAAGGCAAUUGUGAACACUUCAACUCAGCGAACAUUGUGUGAAGAAAACGCGUACUACUUGAAAAUUUCUCCCGGGUUUGGAAAACAAAAUGGCGUCCAGCAACAUGGCGUCCGGAAGGUCGAUGACAUCAGCUCGUUUCUGUGUGUUUCUGGUCACCCUGGUAGUAACAAUGGGUGUAGUCAAGACCACUGCAGUUCGCUGUCCCGAAGUCUGCGACUGUACGCCCGAUGUGGGCGGACAGGACGUAGCUUGUAUCGGGUACAACCUGCAGACUAUACCCGAAGGACUACCAGAGGACACCGUGGAGCUGAACAUACGCAACAAUGAUAUAGAGAUUCUUGACUUGGAAAGUCUUAAGACCCUUUCUCGUCUUGAAGGUUUGGACGUUUCCAGCAACAAGAUUAAGACCAUACGAGGAACAUUUGAAGACUUUCCGAAAUUGUCACAAGUUCAGCUUUACGACAAUGAGUUGACUACUUUGUCGCCAAGCACGUUCGGCAAGGCUGCCACACGGAUGCACUACGUGUCCCUGUUCGACAACCCAUGGAACUGUGACUGUAACUUGGUAUGGAUGAAGAGAGAGAUGGACUCUAAGAACUAUUCCUUGUCUUCACAACUUGUACAAUGUGACACCCCAGAAGAAUUACACGGCAACUACACCGCAGACAUUGACGUGGACAAAUUCGUGUGUAAACAAUUUCCAGGUCUGCCACUUCAAACAGUACUGAUGUCAGCUAUAAUACCAAGUGCAGUAUUCGUGCUUGCCGUGAUAGUGGCUACUGCAUUUUACUGCUACAGACGUCGCGAUCGUGAAGAACCUCUGCCGGCACCCCACCCUGAGACAGGCCCUGUAGGAUCACGGUACGAUGACCCAUUACUCCCAGGUGACCAGAAUAUCGAUGACAUUGAACAGCAAAUAGCAAACAACGAGUACGCACAAAAUGCUGAUAAUGAUCGCGUUGUACCUGUACCGGAUGGCGGGCUAGACUGUGCACCAAUUGUUCCUGACAUCAAGACAACACCGACAUUCUCCUUCCUGGAAUGUGUACCAACAACCAGCACUAUCACACUGGAAUGGCGUUUCCAACAUGGCCGCCAACCAAAGUCCUGCGAGUUGUAUGACGGGAAGGUGUGGACAAACAGGACCAUUCAACAGGACCAUGAAGGACGGUGGAGAACCUUCAUCGACAACGUCAAACCGGACACAGAGUUCAGUUUCCAGGUCAGAGGCAUCUUUGGUGGACAACAGGGAAGGAUCAGUGAACCCAUGACACUACAAACCCCUCUUACAGACAACUUGCAGAAGGAAUGUGAAGAAGGCUGCACAGCCAGACAGUUCCUGAAAGACUUCUGCAUUCUGGGCGACAAGACAUACGCAAAUUGGAUGGAAAAACUUUGUAAAACGUUAGAAGGAACAUGGGCGCUGACCGGGUGGUUACUGGAACGGGACGCAGAACCAGGCACUUUCAAGUUAGAUAACCUCGAUUACCAAAAGAAAUACUGUAAAAAGCUCAUUCUGGUUUUUGGCGAGAGUUCCGACCAAACGAUGUAUGAAGAACUGAAUCUAAAAGCGGCUGUAACAGGAUUUCUCAUGGACACGAAGCGAGGAGACGAACAACGACUGAUACCGAUCAAAAUGUCGUCAGAAGUGGAUCUCCCUGACUACAUGUCUCCUCUGGAGGAACUCACGUUUAAAAACAACAAGUACUUCUGGUCUCGACUGAUCACAGGUCUGACAGACAAACAUGCCUGUGUGUUUGAUGAUGGGGAAGUGAAGACUCCAAACUCAGUUUCCGUAUAG